GCCCGCCCGCCCGCCCGGACUGCGGUACCGGGGGCUGUGGGCACCGGGCAACCGCCGCCAGCCCCCCCCGCCGCCGCCCGCCUCCCCCCCGCCCCCCCGCUCCCCCCUCCGCCCCGGGGGACCCAACCGCCGCGGGGAGCGGAGCGAUGGGCGGGGAGGACGAGAUCGUGCGCAUCGCCAAGCGGCUGGACAAGAUGGUGGCCAAGAAGAGCGCGGAUGGUGCAAUGGAUUUGCUGAAAGAACUCAAAAGUAUGCCUAUGACUCUGGACUUGCUGCAGUCCACCCGCAUUGGGAUGUCAGUAAAUGCACUGAGAAAGCAGAGCACAGAUGAAGAAGUGAUAUCACUUGCCAAGUCGCUCAUCAAGUCUUGGAAAAAACUUCUAGAUGCUUCUGAGGAGAAAAGUGAGGAGAAAAAGAAAAACCUGUCCUUGCCAACAUCUUCCUCAAAGGAGACUAGCUCAAGAGACCAAAGCUCCAACAAAAGGCAGGAGCCUCCGAAGACUCCGACCACCCCCAAAAUCACCACCUUCCCUCCAGCACCCGUCACCUGCGAUGCUGUCCGCAACAAAUGCAGAGAAAUGUUGACAACUGCUCUACAGGCCGAUGAUGACUAUGUUGCCAUUGGUGCUGACUGUGAGCACAUAGCAGCCCAGAUCGAAGAAUGCAUAUACCAAGAUAUCAAGAACACUGACAUGAAGUACAAAAACCGAGUGAGGAGCCGCAUCUCUAAUCUGAAGGACUCCAAAAAUCCUGAGCUGAAAAAGAACGUGCUGUGUGGGGCGAUUACCCCCGAGCAGAUCGCAGUGAUGACCUCAGAGGAAAUGGCCAGUAACGAGCUGAAAGAAAUCAGGAAAGCUAUGACGAAAGAAGCAAUCCGGGAGCAUCAGAUGGCCAAGACGGGAGGGACGCAGACUGACCUCUUCACCUGUGGGAAAUGCAAAAAGAAGAACUGCACCUACACCCAGGUGCAGACCCGCAGCUCUGAUGAGCCCAUGACCACCUUCGUCGUGUGCAACGAGUGUGGGAAUCGCUGGAAGGUAGCACACCAAGGAUAUUACUGGCACUGAGGGGUGUUAGGGUAGCUGCACCCACGAUACUGCAGAUGCUUAGCUGCUGUCCUCAGAGGUGCUUGCCAAACACUGACUGGCUCUAGCAAGUGAUCUUUCCUCCCAGCACAGAGGCAGGAGCUCCUGGGUUCAUCCCAUCUCUGCAGACCAGCUGGGGUCAUGUCUCACUUUCUCGUUCCCUGUCUCCCUGCUCACCUACCCCGUUCUGUCAUGACCAACUUCACAGUGCGUUUCAUGCUCCCUGUGCCCCUCCAAGAGAUGGUGGUGAUGACAACAUUUAGGAUUUUAAAACUGCUCUUUUAUGCUGUGCGCAGAACUCGGAUGUGAGCCGAAAUCUCACUGCCCAUUAACGGUGAGCAGAAAUGGCACCGCUACAACGUGCCAGCGCCACAGCUGAGAGAUUCCAAGGGGAGCUCUGUUUAGCCCCUCCAGGGGCUGAGCCCUGCCUCUGCAAAGUCCCCAAGCCCUUGCCAGCUUGAGAAACAAGAGCAUCACCUGGAUCUCUAUCUUCUCCUAGGCGACAAGCGCAUGACCUGCAACUCCCCUUGGCAGUGAGGUUUUCUAAUCAGGGUUUAAACUCCCUUCUCUUGCAGUUCUGCUGAUAUGUGCCAUGGCCCGAGAGCGGCAGCCAAACGCAGAUCAGAACGCAGCCUCCAUACUCCAGCUCCCACGGCAGUUGUGUAUUGUAUCCCAAG